UUCAACAAGUGAUAAAUUUAACUUUUAAAUUUACAAAUUUUAAUAAAAAUACCAUGUUGAAAAAUAUAUCUUAAUUUCAAUGUUUCUCUCAGUGAUAUUUAUUCAUAUGUAUAUAAGUAUUAAUAAGAUUAAACGCCUAAGUAAUGUUUCUUACAUGUAAUACUAAUUGAAUAUCUGCAUCACCGGUUAUUUUUAUUUAUCACGUGUGAACAUUGAAAACUGGACGGACUCGAAUGUACAGGGAGUGGAAUAUUGGAUUUAUAAUAUGUAAACUAUGGAUUAUAUUAAUGUGGUUUAAUCUGCAACAGUUUUAUAUUCAUGUUUCUACGGAAAACAUGGAUUAUAAUAAUAACAAUAAUAAUAAUCCAAAAAAUAUUCAAGAAGGAAAUUUUGCACAGUGGUAUGAGGAACUAAAGAAUUCAGGUUUGAAAUAUGCAGAUUCUAUUUACUGUGAACCUUGGAGUACUAAUAUGAGUCAGGAUUUAGACAGUGGAUUACGAAGCUGUAGUGGUACAAAUUUUAAAAUGAAUAAUGUUGGUCUGAAUGUCGCGUAUCAAAUGCACAUUACAGAUCAACAUGCUGUUAAGUUAAUUGUAGGAAAGAAUCUUAUUGCUGAAAACUUAUUUACAACGAAUGAUAUUUAUCAGUCUUCAGUGGUCAAUGGAAAUGAUUCCAUUGUCAAAUUCAUUUCCUUUCGGAACUCAGGAAUUCAAGUAACCGUCACAUUAUCAGAAUUGAAUGUUUUUCCUGUUUUCGAGGAUGUUGCUUAUCAAGGUGUUAACGAUAUUAUUUUAAAUGCCUUACCUGGUACUUAUGCAUUUCGACAAAAACAACCAUUGCUAAAGAUUGCUGACAAAUUUUGUAGAUAUCCUCUUCCCUCUCGAUAUCUUCUAUCACUCAAAGCAUUUCGCAGAAGGCAAACAUUUGGGUAUAAACGUGAAUGCAAAAGUAAAUCUCAACGAAAUACAACUUUUUGUCUAGCGAAUUCACAUAUGGAAUAUCCUGACAAUGAAGAGGAGAAAAUACACUUUUACGAGAGAUCUAUAAAUGAUCAAUGUGGACGUAAUCAAGCAGCUUUCCUCCCACAUGAUCCAAAUUCAUUUUACUGUACUCAUGAUACACCAUUAAUCAAUGAAAUAUUCGGUGAAUACGUUCAAGAACAAAUUGUCAAAUCAGAUUUAAGUUCAUGCAGUGAAUAUAAAAAACUAUGUAUGAUAUGUUUAAAUCAUACAAAUGAGAAUAAUAAACAAACAGAUUCACGAUGUUAUGUACAGGAUAACAAAUUGGAGAAAUUUCCAGGCAUCAACGCUGGUCAUAUCAGAAGUGAAGGAAAAUUUGCUGAUCUUCCUUGUUGUGGCAUAUCGUGUUACAAUACACCUGCAUGUUUAGCAUACUACAGUCCUGUGUGCCAAUCAGAAGUAGACAAAAAGAUAACAUUAGAGGAUAAAAUCUGCAUGGAUGGCAACACGUAUCAUAUAUCAAUUAUACCAGAAUUUGAUUUUCAAAAAGGUGUAUUCAUGUGCCAUUUGAAGAAAACCAACUACUCACUUGGCUUUCGAUUUAAACUCUCUAUAGAUUUGUUCAAAUUAAUUCAUCAAAAGAGUUUUCAAAGACAAGUAUUCAAGGAAACAGAAUUAUCAAUCGAAAGUGAACAUGAAAUUAAAAGUCUCGACCCAUAUGACUUAAACAUCGAUGCACUGAGAAUUGAAAUUCCCAAUACUAAAAGUGAAGAAAAUACAUAUGACAGCCUCAAAGACAUCAUACUUCUGGGACGAAGAAAUGAGACACUCCAAGAUUUCCAAUUCUCCAUUCACCAAAUUCCAAAGUCAACUAAUAUUCAAGACUACAAACCACCUGUAGAACGUGCUUUACAUACCGAUUCAGCUUUCACAACCAUACAAAGCAGUAAACCGCAUGCAUUCAGUUCAGUCAAUUGGAAAAAUGAAGGCUGUGACUUAAAUGUUUAUGAAAAUAUCCUACCAACAAAAGAGUUUUCCGAUUUUCUAGCUAAAGGUCAACCAGUUGACAUUUAUGCAAUCUCAAAUACCAACAGAAAUGCAAUAAAUUCAGUAUUAAGUCAAGGCGACAAUGUUUAUUUAGAUAAACCGCACAGCUUUCGACUAAACAAUAAACAAACCAGUUUGCCAAGUGUGAAUAUCAAACUGUCAGGUAACAAUUCAAUUUUGCGACCAAUUUUCUGCAAUAAAAAAAAUCCACUCAUAAAGUAUAAUUUGUUAGCAAAUACAGAGCAAGAAUCUUUUGGAAAAUAUCGAAUUUUUCGUAAAAGUGUGAAAGUUUCAGUCAAAUUUACAAAAAAUUCCCUAGGCCAAGAUAUAUUCAAUAUUCUCGUGACAGGUCAUGUAACAGGAACACCAACAUAUCUGAAUUUCAAGCUCGUGUGGAUCGCGAACUACUUUGUUCUAAGUAAUCAUGAUAUUCUUGUUAUCAGUUCACAGUCAAAAAGUAGUUAUUUAGAAUCUUCCAAAACUGAACAAUUUCAGUUAACCUAUCAAAUAGAUCUUAAAAGUAUUAGAGGAAUUCCAUAUGAUAAAUUAUCAUUUUUAUUAUCAACCCAAUCCAUUGUAUUAUUUGAUUUAAUUAUUCAAGAUUGUGAUACAAAUGUUACCGUAAGAAUACCUAACGCUUAUAUAAACCAACAAACAGUGGAUAAAAUGUUACACGAAAAUACUUUUCAGUCUUCACUUGUUGGUGUUCAGUUAAACAAGAGUGUAGAUAAAGAAUCGACACAGUGGAUCAUAUACAGUCCUUUAUUAUUUAUCACAAUUGGAAUCGGAUUACUUUAUUUUCUAGUAUUAAUUACAUUUGUAUGCAUAAAACACUUCAUUAUAUCAAACAAAGGAUAUCCUAUAUCAGUUGGAUAUCAGAAGUUUGUUGAUAACAGCAAUAAUGACCAAAGUAGUGACUUUCAAUAUCAUCAAUUACUUCUGCAUCCAUUUCCCGUGAAACUAAAUAAUCAUACAUUGUUUUAUGCAACCUCAAGAAAAGGUGAAGAUUAUAUUCAAACAUUUCUUCCCGGGAGACAAACAUUAUAUCACCCUACUAUUGUACCAAGUCACCGUCACUGUUGUCAAGAUGUUACUAAAGAUGGUAAAAGCCAUUCAACUUGGUUGCAUCAAAAUGCCUGGAAUACUAAAAGUUCAAAAUUAAAACGCAUAUUUUUAUUCACUCACCUUGCAUUCCGUGUAUUUUAUACCUUUUUAUUUACAUUCAGUGUUGCUGUAUCGUUAAUAUUUAGUUUACAACCUUCCAGUAGGCCAACAUUUGAUAGUAUGAUACACUGGCCGAAAGUAAGUCAGGAGUCUUUAGAUUAUAAUCAUAGAAUGCAAAGAAAUAUGCAUAGAUCAUCGUCUUCCUCGGUAACAUCAAUGCCAACAAUACAUUUAGAUCAAACACACCUUAUUGGUCCAAUUAUAAGGUUACAAACUGAAGCACGUUGGAUUGAAGAAUUCACAGAACAAGAAUUAAAAAGGCAACUUGAUUAUGUUGAACGCAUGAAGUUGGCUUGUCAACAUGCUAUGACAGUUGAAAUAACAGAUGCUCUAAGAGAAGGUAAACAUUUAGUAAAAACAAGACUAGACAAGUGGCAGUUGAACACUACAAUAGCUCAGAAUACUGAUAAUAUAAACGGGAAUACCUUGGUUUCUACUAAUGAAUUAGCAGGUCACCAUUUUAAUAAACAACGCAGUUUAUUUGAUCAAAUAUACGAACAAGUCAGUCAGCAGAUAGAUUUUCGCAGAGUUAAAUCUUUCAAAGUCUAUUCAAAUAUGCUUAAUUCUGUUUUUCAUUCUGGAUGGUUACAGUAUGCUAAACGUAUGCUAAAUACUUCAGAUAAUCUUGAUAGAACUCCUAAACACUUUUCAAAUGCCAAGAUUCACUCAGCAACUAAGCUUCAUUUUCAGGAUAGUAUGCGGAGAUUUUAUGAGAUUGCUCAACAAAGAUCCGGUAUCAAAGCAUCUUAUGUAACUUUAAUGAAUUAUAUGAAUUUUUAUCAAAGUGAUUCAGUUCAACUGCUACCAUUACGACUGCUUGAAAGCCUAAAGAAGAUAUUCGCUCCUGCAAAUCACUAUAUUACAAUGUUCUAUUUAUCUUCAGAAGUACACGACCAACUCAGACAAUCUCAGAUUAAACAUCAAUCGAAUCAUCAAACCAUUAAUUUAAAAAAUCCUUUUCUACAUAAAACACGACAAGAACGUGUCUUCGUGACAACGAAUGAUUUAGAGGAAUACAUAGAUGGAACAUUAAAUCCUAUAGAAGAUGCGAUUACAAGACAUUCUCCCAAUCAAGAAUAUAAACUUAUUUCUGAAAACUUUAUUGAGUAUAUUAAACGGAAUGCUAAUGGAAAUUCAGAAGAUUAUAUAAAGUAUUCUGAUCAACAUUCAGCUAUUCCAGUAAUGACUUUAACACAUAUUCGUUUAAGUCUGCUAAUUUUAGACUGUUUAAUUAUUGUGUACAGAUUUUUUCACACAUAUGAAAUUCUCAAAGCUAUUUGGACAGGUCAAAAGUUAUUUGUUGAUGCAUCAAGUUGGUUAGAACGACAAGUGAAUGUUAUGUCUAGUGAAAAUAAAGACAUUGGGUAUUUUCACGAAGAAAGUGAACAAAUAACUGGAAACUUUAAAAGUCGCUUGUGUGCAACAGAAAGAGGAAGAAACUCUUCACAUUCUGAUCAUACUGCUUACAAUGAAACUGACAGUAAAUUAUUUUCAAGAACAACAAUUUUUCAAUGUCUUCCACAAUAUCAAAACCGUUAUGAGUGUAGACAUGAUAGACAGGCGUUAUUUCAAUCAUCAUGUUCACCUUCAGUUCCGAGAAAUUCUCAGUCCUCAGAAACAGUAUCACCGAUUAUGUCUAAUAACAUUAUGCAAUCUCAGUGUACAGAUAAAUCAAAAGAAAAUUUCCAACCAUGUCCUACAUACUCACAGUUAUCUAAUAUGCCGUGUAAAUCUCUUCCAUACAAUUCAUUAAUUUCAAUUGGGCCACCAUUGAGUCUGCCACCGACUUCAUCUUUUGGUAUUGAACAAAAUACAGGUUGCAUGCUAGGCGUACGAACUGCAUGCUGUCGUAAAUCACACUAUAUUAGCUCUAUUGUUGGUUUAACUGUACUUAUUUUAUUAUUUGGUUUAGUAUUAAUUCAAAUGUAUAAACCUACAGGAGUUAUAUCAAAAAAAUCAUCAACAUCGACUAAUUACCUAAAACAAAAUUUUAUACAGUAUCGAGGGAAUAGAAUACCAUAUCUAUCAACUCAGAUAAAUUUUUUUCGUCCCUAUCAUGAAUUAUUAAUUCGUGAACAUAGUAAAAGAUUAAAUCGAGAUUGGCUUGGUUGGACAAGACGUAAUGAACUUGCAAUGCGUGGACGUGUACUCAGCUACUUGUCACGCUUCAAAUAUGAACUUGCUUUCUUUGAUAAACAAGUGGAGGCGGAAAACUCAGUUAUUCAGUCCCUUCUUUUUCAAAACAAGAAAUCAUCAUCAUCGGCGUCAUCAACUUCAACAGCCAAGUCAGAUAAAGACUUCAGUAAACCUGUUCAGUAUCCUACAUCACCAGUUUUUAAUUCAGAAUUUUUAUUUCGUCAACAAAUCUGCCAUUUCUUGCCAGUUGUACCAGUUCCGAUAAUUGAUGAUGAUACGGAAUUAAAUAGUAAAGAUAUGUCUCCUUCACUUCGUGGAAUGACGAAACCACAGAAUAUAAAACAAAUCAUUUGGACUGCUACAAUUAGUACCUUUGUAGAUUUCGAUUGGAAUAGCCAAGAACAAGCUAACAGACUGUUCAUUACUGCUAUAAUUGUUGGUGUAGUCAUGAUUAGCUGUAUCGGUGUAGUUGAUUUAGGUGGGAAAAUUUUAAAAAUGCUUUACAUCAACCCAGCUGUUUCAUUAUCUGAUAUUCAAAGAUGGCGAAGUAAUCAAAAGCUAACUCAUGAAAAAGAAUUGAGAAAUUAUGAUCAAAAUACUGAAAAUAUUAUUUUAAUAUCACCUCAACCUGCACCAAUUAUCCCUUGGCCUUCAGAUUUAUUAUUCAAUGUAAAUGGUAAACUAAAAACUACUCCAUCGAAGUCUAAUCCAACGUGUAGGCAAACAUCAAGUCCAGGAUCUUCUGUAUCUAUCCUUAAAGAACCAGAAGCUCAACUUCCAUUGACUGCCUUUUACUUAGACUCCAAUCUUGUUUUUACACCAACUAGUACACCACAAAUUUACAAUACCAGUAAACCUAUUCAACUUGAUGAUGUAUCACAUUCCAUACCUCUAUUAAUUGCUCAUUCUCCAUCAUCUACCCCAAUUAUUGCACUGAAAACUGAUCCAUUAUCCUCCACAAAUCAACUCUCAGGAGUAUUGUAUGAGAAGACAUGAAUUAUAAUGUAAAUGUUAGCCCUUCAUUUAUUUAUUUGUAGAAGUUUUAUGGACCAAAUUAUGUGUAAAUGAAUUCCAGUUUUCUUUCCAGUAUUUUUGUGUAAAUAUUCUAAAUGUUACUCCUAAAUAUUUUUAUUGUGUACUGCAUAAUGUAAAAUUAUAUGAAAUAUUAGGUUACUGGAUCAGACACUUGUACAUAGGAACUGAGUUUGUAGCAAUAAAUAAAAUGAAUUCGUUUAAAAAAUACAAAGAUUUACAAAAAAAAACAGAAAAUUUGCUCAUCCAUGAAGUAUUCUAUUCGCUCAAGAUAGAUAUAAACCACUGUUAGUAAUCUUAUUUAUAAAAUCCUAUAGAGAAGUAGUCAUACUACUAGUUUCAUGGUCAUAUUUAUUUGGU